AUGAAACUGAAAGAAGACCUGAACCCUAUGCUGCUGCUCCUCUUCCACCUCAUGGUGUGGAUCUACACCAUCAUCACCUUCCUACCUUCUUACCUCCUCAGCUGGGUUUCUGGACCUGACGGGAGCUUCUAUGGCUCUGAGGAGGAGAGAGCCAAGAGAGUGAAAGCUCGCUCUGUCCUGGGACGUCCCGAAGGACCCUACCGAGCAGUGAGUGCAAUGAAGAAGCUGGUUACAUCUCUGCAUCCAGGAGUGGACACACUGGAUAAAAUGUUUGAGUAUGCAGCCAUGAGGUUCCCCGACAGAGACUGCCUUGGGACGAGGGAGGUGAUUAGCACUGAAGAUGAGCGACAGGGCAACGGGAAGGUGUUCAAGAAGGUAGUUCUUGGUGAGUACCGCUGGCUCUCCUACAAGGACGCCCUCACAGCAGCCACCCAGCUGGGCAGUGGUCUGGCAGCGUUGGGACAGCGGCCUAAAACCAACAUUGCCAUCUUCUGUGAGACACGAGCAGAGUGGAUAAUAGCUGCCCAGGCUUGUUUCACAUACAACUUCCCAUUGGUCACCAUUUACUCCACACUGGGAGGUCCAGCCAUUGCCCACGGGCUGAAUGAGACUCAAGUCACCCACAUCAUCACCAGCAAAGAGCUCCUGGAGAGCAGACUCAAGGUCAUCCUAACUGAAGUUCCGAGGCUGCAACAUAUCAUCAUUGUGGACAACACGCCGACCACUUGGCCCGGCUAUCCAUGUGGCAUCAGCAUCCACAACAUGGCUGCGGUUCAGAAGCUGGGAGCCAGGCAUGAGAAAGCAGCACGUGAGCGUAAAGCCCCGCUGCCCUCAGACAUUGCAGUCAUCAUGUACACCAGCGGAUCCACAGGCAUUCCAAAGGGUGUUAUGAUCUCCCACAGCAACAUCAUCGCUGGGAUCACAGGAAUGGCCGAGAGGAUACCCAACCUGUGUGAAGAAGACACCUAUAUUGGCUACCUGCCUCUUGCCCAUGUACUGGAGCUUAGUGCAGAGCUCGUAUGUGUGUCUCAUGGCUGUAGAAUCGGCUAUUCAUCACCUCAGACCCUCGCUGACCAGUCCACAAAGAUAAAGAAAGGAAGCAAAGGAGACACCAGCAUGCUGCAACCCACUCUGAUGGCAGCUGUCCCGGAGAUCAUGGACCGGAUCUAUAAGAACGUGAUGACCAAGGUCGAGGAGAUGAACUGUGUUCAGCGAACACUCUUCAUUCUGGCAUACAACUACAAACUGGAGCAGCUUACCAAAGGAUACAGCACACCACUGUGUGACAAGCUGGUGUUCAGGAAAGUUCGCUCUCUGCUAGGAGGACGGACGCGGGUCUUGUUAUCAGGUGGAGCGCCACUCUCAGCAGCCACACAGCGCUUCAUGAAUGUGUGUUUUUGCUGCCCAGUGGGUCAAGGAUACGGCCUGACAGAGACCUGCGGUGCUGGAACCAUUAGCGAGCUGUGGGAUUACAGCACUGGGAGAGUGGGAGGACCGCUGGUGUGCUGUGAGAUCAAGCUUCAAGACUGGGUGGAGGGUGGUUACCGUAGCACUGAUAAGCCCCAUCCUAGGGGAGAGAUUCUCAUUGGUGGGCCCAACGUGACCAUGGGAUACUACAAGAAGGAAGCGAAAAACCAAGACGACUUCUUUGUAGACGAGAACGGCCAGCGUUGGUUCUGUACAGGAGACAUUGGAGAGUUUCAGGAAGACGGGUGUCUCAAGAUCAUUGAUCGUAAGAAAGACUUGGUGAAGCUGCAGGCAGGAGAGUACGUCUCCCUGGGAAAGGUGGAGGCUACGUUGAAGAAUUGUUCUCUGAUUGAUAACAUCUGCGCCUAUGCCAACAGUGAUGAGACAUAUGUGAUUGGCUUUGUGGUGCCCAAUCAGAAGCAGCUACUGGCUCUGGUUGACCAGUACGGUAUCCGAGGGUCGUGGGAGGAGCUGUGCAACAGCAAAGCUGUGGAGGAGCUCGUCCUCAAGGUUAUCACAGAGGCCGCACUGGCAGCCCAGCUAGAGCGCUUUGAGAUCCCCCGCAAGAUCCGGCUGAGCCCAGAACCGUGGACACCCGAGACAGGAUUAGUGACUGAUGCAUUCAAGCUCAAACGCAAGGAGCUGAAAACACAUUACCAGGAUGACAUAGAGAGAAUGUACGGUGGAAAAUGAUAACCAACACAGACCCCAGACUAGAACAAUACUUGACUCUGAAACACUCCCAGUGCCCCCCCAUUCCUAUGGUCUGCAUUCAAAGAGCUACAGCAGCAUAAAUCUGUGCUAAAUCUUAUUGUUUCUAAGAUCUCACAGAAAGAAAGAUUAACCAGUUUCACAGAUGAAACAGCUUUUACUUGAAUUUGUUAUGAAAGACCUUUUCCCUUUUUUUCCAUCCAGGUGUGCGGCCCUUUUGCAGAGGUCUUUAUUGCUCCAGAUGUGAGUUAUGAAACAGAGUGUGCUUUAGCUGGUGUCAUCUGUUGAACUCCUGUCCGAGUGCCACAGCAGAAGCUCAGGUUGCUUUGUUGCCUCGGUGCUUUUUGCUCACCUGCAAGACGCUACAUUUGAUUUAUGGGUCUAAAUCAGUUCACUUUGAUCCUCUUCUAAAACUUUAAUUAAAAAUUUCUAAUUUCCUUUUGCGUUUCCUGCAGGUCAGGAGACGGUUAAUUUUUUUCUUUCUCAUCUUUAACUUGUUUUGUGUUCUGUCGGUGGUUUGUUUUGCCUCCCUCCCACAGUCACACUGUGACUCCCACGCUCGUGGGGUAUCUCUCCAAUCAGCACGCUGUGAAACUAAAAGCACAAAGUCAUUUGAGGUCAAAUGAAAACAGGUUGGUAAAAAAAAAAAACCAUCAUUUUAUGCAGUGUAAUGAUUUUUAUCUUUCAUCAGUGAUUCUAUUUUAGGAAAAUGACCAAAUUGUUACUAAAAGGCCUUUUAAAAAAGAAAAGAAAUAAAAGUGCAUGUUUAGUCUAUUGAAUUUCCUACAGUGACUGAGUAUAUGUGUCAGUGUGUACUGACCACAGUGUGCUUGUAUUACAGAUGAAAUGACUGUGUAAUCAUUGUUGUAAUGCAGUGUGAAAAUAGAUCAAAUCUGCCCAAGCAAGCCAGUUGAUUACAGACAGAACCUAAAUAAAACUUUGUGUGUGUGUGUGUGUGUGUGUGUGUGUGUGUGUGUGUGUGUGUGUGUGUGUGUGUGUGUGUGUGUGUGGAGAACAAGCAAAUUUACGUAAGUGUGACUUUUGGCUGAGCGGCAGUUAUUUUGUUUAAAGCCUUGUCAUACGUUUCGUCUUUUUUGCAUGAAAAUGACCAAGUGUGUAACUCCAUGUACACACCCCUCACAGCCUUUUGCCUUUUUUGUAAUUCUUGACUGAUUAACUGGAUGUUCCUCCUUAAUCAUACAUGUGUUUAUCAGAGAAGCAAAUGAAUAGGUUGUAUUUUAACUUAAGUUAUAUUAUCAUAAACCAGUUUUGUAACUGAUUGCACUCUUUUGCUGCAAUGGGAGCCUGCCUUGUAACACGAUACAGUUGGACAGGUGGACCGAUAUAUCUGAUGAGCCAUCUCCUAGGUGUGAUGGCCCUCAGGUGCACAACACAACAACAAAAAGGAAAACAUAACAUUUUAGCAAACACGGUAUUUCAGUUCAUGGAAACAGGGAUCAUGUUUAAGGUUUUUCUUUAUUCUACUCUUAGAAUAGUGUCCUAUAUAUUUUGUUAUGUUGAAAGAAACUAGAAACACAUUUAACGUAUUGGGCCACAUCUCUUAAUCUUUGACUUCAGGUGUUUUCAGUCCCAUUGCAACAUGUGAAUAAAAUCACGCUCCUCGCUGUGCAGUCUGCCUUUACAAACAUUUAUGAAAGAAUGGGUCGUUCUAAAGGGCUCACUGAAUUCCACCGUUGCAAUAAGUCAGUUUGUGAAAUGUCUUUCCUUCUAGAUAUUCCACAGUGAACUGUGAGUGGUACUGCUGCAAAGUGGAAGCAUUUAGGAACCACAGCAACUCUGCUGACGAGAUACAACCCACCUCUGGUAUUAACAUCAGCACAAAAAGUGUGCAGAGAGAGCUUCAUGGCAUGGGUUUCUAUGACCAAGCAGCUCCUGUAGGUGUAAUGUAUUUUGUCUAUAUAAUGUACAUCAUAUGAAUAUCUUACAUGUUAAAAUAUUCCCUUAGGGUCCAACCUCCUCUUCCAUCCCUUCAGUUUAAAAUUUACACAAGGACACUGCUGACAGUAACAUGGAAACAUGUGAGGGUCUUUGGUUCCAUCCAUUCAAAAUCUUAAAACAUUUUCCCCACCCUUUCCAUAAAGUGAAAUGUUGCUUUGGUUUUGUUGUUGGUGUUGUGUUAUCCACCUCAGGGCUGCUGAACCUCGAGAAUUCAGCCUACUAAACAAUCAGCCUGUCAAGUGCAAUUGAAAGUGUGAGCUAAUAGGAACUAGCAGAUGGAGCUGAGGCAUAUCACGCACCUUCCUAUUGCAUCUUUAUUUGUUGCCGUCUGAUCAGUUGGUGUCGAAAAUCAAUAUGAAUUCAAAAAUCAUGUUAGAGAAUUAGACCAAAACUGUAUGUAUGGUUUUGUUACCCAUUUGCCUGAAUAGAGGCUGCAAGUGGAAGUGUUUAUCUGAUUGCCGGUUCGGUUAGGUCUUUUGGCUUGCCUGCUCCAUCUGGUUUAAUACCAAAAACGAUCCUAGUAUUCCUUUCCAUAACAAAGUCUUCCAUGAUUUCAUUUACUGAAAAGGGCAAGUGGGGUGGUGAGCUCCCCACCACACCACAUCGUGCGUGUGCUGCACACCCAGCUACAUGAAUAUUUGUGAAUCACUGGUUUGCCUGUUGGAAAGCUGUAACAUAUCGCCCAGCCCUGUAACAAAAAUACAUCCGAUUAUUUAUUCAUAAAUAAUUUGAUGCCUUCUCAAAUGAAGUAAAUAAAGAUUGUUUUUGGUCUCCUU